CUUCGAUACUUUUUCGUCGGGAGCAGUUGGUUGGGCUCUUCGAAUGAGUCGUUAAAUCCCAGAUCUUGUGGCAUGUGUAUGAGCUAGUGCAAGAGACAGAGCGGUGCGUCAAGUAGGAGAGGUAAGAGGGUCCGCGAGCUUAUGAGGUGUAUGGUAACCAUCACGACAGAACAGUUACCUUUCUGUUUCGAGACCGUGAGGUUCUACAAACCCGUGGGUUCUAGUGAAUUUUGGAAGCACUUUUUUAUUGAAAAUGAAGAGAGCCACGCUUCUCCUCCUGUGCACACUGAUAGCCGCGGCUCAUGGAAUAUCUGAGUCGUGGAAACCAAUUAUUCACACCCCCGUGGCAACGAGUAUUCUUCAACAAGAGGCUGUAGUCUUUGCCGGUGGUCAAUCGACUUACAGUCUCGACGAAGCUCCCGUGUCGUCUCAGUUGCUGAGUCAAGAGGAUCAGGAUCGUUGUGCUUUGUACAAAAUUAGCAUGAGUCAACAGCUGUACUUCGAGUAUAUUCACUAUAAAUUUGGAAUGCCAGACCUCAAGGAAUUUACUCUGUGCAUGUGGACGAAAUUCACGAAUCAUACUAAUGAUCAUCCUUUGUUCUCCUAUGCAGUUGGGGACCAGCCACGCGGAAUUUUCGCCUGGAUAGCCAACACCCAGAGGAGUUCCUACUACAUGAUGAACAUAGAUGGACACACUCUUUACCGCCUGAACUAUCCCCUUCGCCUCAACAAAUGGUAUCACUCGUGCCAGAGUUGGAAUGGACGCACUGGUGAAUGGCAAAUUUGGGUCAACGACGAGCGAGUUGGUCGUGGAUUUAACAAUCGGCUCGUGGGACACGUCAUCAAAGGAGGUGGCAUUGCAAUAUCUGGACAAGAACAGAGACAGCUUGGCGGUGGUUUUCUCGAGGGUCCAAAUGCCCCACAAGGUUCUGGCGGUAUGCUCGGUGAAUUGACGAUGGUACAGUUAUAUAACGUUGCCCUGACCGCUGGCAAAGCGCACAAAGACCACAAGCAUCAUCACGCCCACCACUACGAGCACGACACAAGCAAUAACAGACCUUUGUCUACAAGUACUCAAGCGCCAGUUACAGGGCCGCCAUUGCCAAUGCAUCCCUUUCUCACUGGAGGGCAAAUUAAUCAUCAGGUGAAGCUAAAUCCAGGAGUGACUCUCCAGAUAAUUCAGAAUGGAGUGACAAUUCGUCAUCCAUCUGUACCAGCGCCACCAGUGCCAAUGCCUUUCCCUCCCCAGAAUCCCGACGUAAAGCUUCCUCUCUCUCUGCCCACCCCAUUGCCAUCCUACACCCCUAUUUAUGGAAUUUCACAGUUCUUCGGGAAGCGAUACCCAACUUUUUCCUCUUCCACUCCACAACCACUGAAUGAGUUUGGUUUUCUGAAUAGUCAGUAUGAUUUGUUCAGGCGAGACAAGAAUCUGUUCAAGCGUGACAGCACAAAGGAAGAAGACACACCGAAAAGCGUUGAGCAAUUUGAAUCCAAGAAGACGAUUGCCAAAAGACAGACUAGUGAUGAAGAGAAAUCUACGGAGGAGAGACAGCCGACUGCAGCUAAAACCCUUACAAAACGUGGAUUGGUGCAGUUUUCUGAUGGCUCUCUACUGGACGACAGUUACCUCGUAUCUCAAAAUCUCAAUAACGAUUAUUUCACUGGUCUGGCUAGUUUCGGCAAUCAAGCUCAACAACAGCCCAAUAAAAACGAAGAACGCGAACCAGCUGAGGCUGAAGUUAAAAUGGUGAUGGAUGUUUGCGAUGGAUGCACACCAGAUCCCUUUGAGAAAGCACUCGUAAUGGACUGGAGGAGUGUACCUAAGAAAGUUUAUUCUGGAGCACUCUGGAUACCAGCAAUUCCAAUGUGCAAAGCGUUUUAACACUUUAUCGCAUUUUUCAGGGGAUUGAUGCAUUCGGGAAUUUACCGAACAAUUGAGAGAUUCUCUUUGCAGUUAUUUUUUUCGAGUGUCCUGAGUAAUCAGGGCACUUGCCAUCUGGCCAUCUUUUAAGGCUUCUACGUGGUAUUUUUUCUAUUCGUUAUUUAUAAGAAGACUAACUUGCUAAUUCAGCAAAAUUAGACAACUUCUAUGGUCAGACAGUAUUUUUCACUCAGAUUAUGAUGCUGAGACUUUCGCGUGUACAGAAUGCUUAUGACUACUUGUAAGUUUUAUUUAGACGUAUGUUAAUACUGUAAGCUCUUGUACAAAUUAUUGAAGUCAAUAAACGUUUGUAUUUGUAUUUAA